AUGGAAGGCGGCACAGUUCUCAUCACAGGCGCUAAUAGCUCCCUUGCAAUUCCCUCGAUAGAAUACCUCCUCACAAGAUAUCCAGAGUACACCGCCGUGUUGACCGUCCGCAAUGCAUACGGCGAGAACACUCAAAGGCUUCGUGAAACACUAUCUGGUUUUCCUGAGGAUCGAUCAAUUAUUCAUACACUUGACCUUGGCUCAUUAGCCGCUGUGGAACGCUAUGCUGGUGUCAUCAAGGCGGAUAUUACUGCAGGCAGAUUGCCUCCGCUCGCAGCUAUAAUCUGCAAUGCUUUCACUUGGAGCAUUUCCGAUGGUUUAAAGUUUACUUCGGAUAACUAUGAGAGUUCAAUCGCUGUCAAUCAUCUUGCACACCUUGCAACAGUCUUGAGAUUGUUGGGCUCGUUUCGGCCGGAAGGGGGUAAAAUUGUCAUUCUUGGAAGCGACUCACAUUACCCUGGAAAGAGUGGCCUUGAAAAGUUUCCCCCAAACCUUCCUGAUGAUUUGGAGCUUCUUGUUCAUCCCGCGCCAGAUCAAACUGGAGAGGAAAUUGGUCGUGGGUUUCAAAGAAUGGGUUGUCGAAAGUGGCAGCAAUUAUGGGGAUGUAUCAAUUGA